GUAUUUCAGUGUGUGCGAUACAGACGAUCAUUCGAAACCCGAUCUUUUUUAAGCAUAACAGAAGUGAAAAUUUCUCCUUUUACUGCUUACAAAUGACAGAGCUACCCUCAAUUUUUAGGAAAUAUGACACUACAAGAAUUUUCAUUGCAAGACGUAUGGCAAUGUUUUGGUGUUGGAUGGCGUCAUUCAGUGUACAGAGAGAGAUGAAUUCAGCUACCAAGAAAUGAUCACCUUCCUUGCCCUGAACUCUCACCCAUGCCCUGAGAAGGUUCUGGUAAUAGGCGGGGGUGAUGGAGGGGUCAUCCGGGAGAUCGUCAAACAUCCAGAUGUGGACUCUGUUACACAGUGUGAAAUUGAUGGGUGUGUUGUAGAAGUUUCCAAGAAGUACCUACCUAACAUGUCUGCAGGAUAUGACAGCCCAAAGCUUACACAACAUAUAGGUGACGGGUUCGCCUUCAUGAAAGAGAACAAAAAUGCCUUUGAUGUCAUCAUCACGGAUUCAUCAGAUCCUGUCGGACCUGCUGAAAUGCUCUUUGAGAAGGAAUACUAUGAGUUAAUGAGGAGUGCUCUAAAACCAGGAGGAAUCGUCAUCACUCAAGGAGAAUCAUUAUGGCUCCACCUGGAGCUGAUCAAGUCAAUGCAGAAGUUCUGUCGUACGUUAUACCCAGUAGUAGACUAUGCCUUCACAACGGUACCCACGUACCCUUCUGGUCAGAUUGGCUUUACUCUCUGUAGUACGAAUCCAGACACGAAUUUCGGAGAACCUUUGAAGAAAUUAUCCGACGAGCAGAUCAAAAAGAUGGGACUAAGGUAUUACAACUCUGACGUACACAAAGCUGCAUUUGUUCUUCCUCAGUUCGCAAGAGAGGCACUCCGGGAGAGCAGUGAAAACGGAGCUAUGGAGGACGAUGCCUAAUUGGACAAGAUAGAUCACUUACAUGUACAUGCUGCAAAGUGAGACCACACUUUUUCAUCUCGUAUCCUGGUCCUGUUUCAUUGAGGCUUGUUAUGAGAACAAAUAUACACGAUUUCUGUGACAAGUUUACCAUCAGCCAAUCAAAUUGAAUGAUUUUAGUAGCUUUAAACUGUUAUUGCAAGUUUGUUUUUACAAGAAGUUUUAUGAAACAGGCCCAUGAAGUCAAGCUAAAGCUUCGUCUUGAAGCUGGAAUAUUGUUAUGGGAGAUUCCUAUGACCCUGUUCUCAUUGCAGUCCUAAAACUAGUUUAGUGGAAACUACUUUAAGGUGUAAUGGGAAUGCUUGAAGCAGCCUUGGAAGCGAUCUUAAGUGGUGUUCCAAACCAGUUUGGAAAACCACCUUUCGAUGUGGAUUUCAUGAUCGCUUUGCCUUGUUGAACUGAUUUUAGGGUAGGUGAGGACACAACCGUCUUUCGGGAAACGAUCUUCAAACAUGUUGGGCGAGCUACUCGACACGUUGUGUGUAGAAUGUCUAUACACGGCAGUUUUGAAUUUCACGUGAAACAUGUGACCUCAUUGAGAGCAUUCCUGUAGCAACAAGACCGUCUUACAUGAACUUUUGGGCCAUUAAAUGGGAAUGCUAGCAAAGUGAUCUUCCGAAUUGGUUUCCUGAACCGGUUUCCACUCUUCUAGUUUUAAAACUGUAAUGAGAAUGGAGUCUAUAUAGUGGCCCCUAUGUCACAGUUACAACAGCAAAAUUGAUUGAUGGUCUAUCUUUAGAAAUAAUUAUCCGUUCUGUCAGUUGAAUUUGGUUCCACCUGUGGCAUUAUUCUGAAAUUAUUUUCUUGUUCUUGCAUAGGGUUCAGGUAUUUUUGCUCAGGAACUUGAACUUACCUUUUGUUUACCAGUAGGAUGGGAAAUUUCUAAUUUUUCAUGAAAAUAAAAAUCAUGGAAAAUAAUUUGUUCAAUAUUUUUGACAAAUAUAUAUUUUUUAAUUCAUUUGCAUGAAUAACACUUACUUAAUAUGGUCCGAUGGUAGUGGGUUUGACCCCUCUCAAGUGUAUGAAUUCACAUUGUGAUAGUAUUAAAUAUCAGCUCUGUAGAUCUGAGUGUAGUAUGACCUUUCAUGUGCAUGUUCUUGAAUAUUACAAAUAAAGAACUUUUCUUGUGUUAUGGUGACUGUAUUGGCUUUGAGGCUUUUUAACAACAUAUAUGUUAAUAUUAUUGAUAACAAUGUAUUUUCUUUUAGGUGUAUUUGUUUUUGCUUCGGUGGUGAAAUUUCACUCAUUAAAAAAUUGGUUUCCACAGGUGAGGAUAUCAUCCCCCGGGGGGGGGGGGGCACUCAAAUUAUUUUUUGAUGGGGGUGUGCAUAUUUGUUUUUUGCUUCGGUGGUGAAAUUUCGCUCAUUAAAAGAUUGGUUUCCAUAGGGGAGGAUAUCAUCCAGGGGGAGGGGGGUGGCAGUCAAAUUAUUUUUUGAAGGGGGUGUGACUCACGAAACUCUGAAAUGGGGAUCUAAGGAACUGACUAAAAAGGUAAAGUACAGGGAUCUUGGGAUGGGAAGUAAAUAUAUACUGCGCAGUGUGAAAAACGGUCUACGGAACGGGAUCACGGCACUGUAGGUACGGUGCACCAUAGCGCUCUGCAUGCGCCAACCAUGCAUGGAGCGGCUACUAGUUACCGGUAUAUGUAGGGAGUUGCGAAGCCGUACCGAAUGUGCAUCUCUCACAUGCGGUGCGGGGCUGGGCGGCUUUUGUCAUUUGGAGUAUCUAGAGAACUGAAAAUUAGGUCUGAAAAAGGGGGUCAUAUGUGAGAGCCCCACCCCCCCCCCAGAUAUCAUCUGUAAAAGAUAUCUUUAUAGGUUGGCAUGGUAUACAUAUUAUCAGAAUACCGCCCCCAGUUUUGCCCCCACCCACCAUAGGUGGUUGCCGGAGGCAUUGGCCUGAAUUCACAAAGGUGGUUUUGUAAACCUACGGUUGAGUCCAUGGUUUAUGCAGAUUUACUGUAUAAAUUACGCUUAUUUACAGAGUAUAUUAAAAAAUGUCCAUUGAUGAUGCGCGCUUUUGUCACAGUGCACCAAAUUGAUGCCUCUUACCAUAGUUAAAGAGUGGACUCAUUAAUUCUAAACAGUGGACUCAUGAAUAAAAUAGCAUGGAUAACCAUGGCAACAGGCGUCAAUUUGACGCACUGUAAGAAAAGCGUGGAUCAGCAUUGGACAUUUUUUAAUAUACAUGGUAAAAUAACCGUAAUUUUAACAGGAAAUCUGCAUAAACCAUGGACUCAACCGUGGGUUUUCAAAACCACCUUUGUGAAUUCGGGCCAUAAUGUUUUUGAGUUGUCUUUCCUGAUUUCUUUUUCGAUAUCGGUUCAGAGAACUAUUCAUGUAUUUGAAAUAUAUUCUGAAUAUAUUCAGUCAAUUUAUUUCAUACAAACUGUUUAAUUUUUUUUUUCUUGGAAGGAAUUUCAUGUUAAUGUGGAAACCCACUCAGGGAUUUUUUGACUUAUGAGAAGUCAAUCCUAACUGUUUGUGAAAAAUAUACUCAACUGGUUCACCUUGAUGAAUUCAAUUUAAAAUUGGUAUUCAAGGUCAAGCAAUGUGAGAAACAGCUUGUUAAAACGUCCAUACAUGUCUUGAUUUGGUUUGGUUGCAUUGUGUGCAUCACACAAGAUUUGUGUAUUAAAAGAAGAAGUUUAUGCUAAAAAGAGUGCUCUCUCUUAUUUUAGUUUUUUUUGUAUUUUAGGAAAUGUUACUCUUCUUAACAAUGUCAUUAUAUAAUUGAGAGAUUUAUUAUUAUCUUAUUUUAUUAUUUUUUUUUUUUAGGGGGGUAUAUGCAGCUAUGCUUUUAAUGUUCUUAAUGUUCAGUAUUUUGCAAUUUAGAAUGAAGACACGCUGGUACCACUGUAACAUAUCGAAGCAUGAGAGUAAAAAUUCUCUACAUGACCCGGGAAUAGUUACAGAAAGAGAUCAUCAUGAGAGCAGCAACUAAAAGAAUUCAAGCACACAGAGCUCUGUCCUUUUGUUACCAUUCCUUCAUGUGAGAAUAUAUCGUGCUGACCAAUUCAGUAAUCAUGUAACGUAAUGUUUAAAAUGACCAUGAUAUGAAUGUCUAGAUAUUGAAGGACCCGAUAAUGGGCAGUGCCCUGUGUAAUGAAGGGUUGUGAUCGAUUCAUCGAUUACAAAUAUGCAGAGCCUGCAGUGCCAACGUCUAGAAAGUAUACAUCAGGGACUCAGGGGGGGGGGUGUUUCGUAAACUUACUGACUUGUGACAGUGACUUAAUGUGUGAUGUCUCUGGUGAUGUUUUCUCAGGAGCUACUAAUGAUAAAAUGGACUUACGACCCUUUCUUGUAGUAAAUGACAGGGGCCGCUGAAGCGGGGGGCUGCAGCCCCCCCCCCCCCCACUUUUUUCCAAAACCAUGUACAAAAACGUAAAAAAUGACUAGAUCUAUAUGAUUGUGAUUUUUGCAUGGUCAGCCCCCCCCCCCCCCACUUUGUAAACCGUUCCGCGGCCCCUGAAUGACAUAUAUAGGUAUAUAAUAUGAUAUAUAUAUUCAUACCUUGGUCAGCUCGGUCUACAACUGACAGUUUCUAUCAGGCAGACAGAUAUACAUGUAUAUAUAUCUUCAGAUUUCAUUUAUAUUGAUCAUUCGUAAUUCCGAAGCUUCGUUAUUCCAAAGGUUCGGUUAUUCCGAAGCUUCGUAUUUCCGAAGCUUCGUUAGUCCGAAAACGAAAUGAGGUUCGUAAUUCCGAAGGUUCGUUAAUCCGAAACCGAAACGAGGUUCGUAAUUCCGAAGGUUCGUUAUUCCGAAAACAAAAUGAUUAACGUACCUUAUUUUGUUUUCGGACUAAUGAACCUUCGGAACAACGAACCUUAUUUCGUUGUUGGAUUAACGAACCUUCUGAACAACGAACCUUAUUUCGUUUUCGGAUCAUCGAACCUUCGGAAAAAUGAACCUUCGGAAUAACGCCACAAAUGUUCGGAUUAACGAACCCUUUUAAGUUUUCGGAUUAACGAACAUCGAGGUAUAGGCAAUUUACGUGUUUCGGAAUUACGAAGUGUAACCUGAUCAUUAACUAUAAGAAAGGGUCAACAGUCAUUCAUAAAGUCACACGCAACUUACGAACAGCUUUAUGAACCUUCAAUUAAUUUGUAAGUAUGAUCUACUUUUAUGUAUGUAUCAUUGAUUUAAUUGUGUGCUAUGCUUCAUCAAAAUUGUUCCCUGUAACAAGUAUUUGACUGUAAUUUUUUUUUCCAUUUUACCUCAAGAAAGGAUCGCCAGUUAUUCAAAAAAGUUUUAUGUACAUCCGAACAGCCUAUGACACACAUCAGUCAUGCAUUAUGAAAUAUUAUUUAUUUAAAAAUGUAUGUUCAUAUCCAUCGAAAGAAAAAAAUAUGUAAUAUCCCUUGGUCAGUAGAGUUACCCUGGGAAAUAACAUCCUCUAUACUUUAGCAUUUUCAAAUAUUUUUCUUGAGUUAUUAAUUUAUAUACCCUUAUUUUAUUUCAGUAUUGCUAUUUCAAUACAGGGUUGUUCUUUACUUAAUGCAUUUUUUUAAGGUAUAUAGACUUUUGUCUCUUUUUUACUUCCCACAUUCCAAAGAUGUGGUCAAUUAAUUGCUGAAACUGGUUGAAGGGAAACUUAUUUUUCAGCCUCUAUUUUCCAAAGGUAGUGUUUAUUUGUAAUAAUCGUGACAUUUAAUAAAUAUAUACUGCAUAAUA